AGCUGUGUGCAAUAAUCACGGGGCUUCCAGCUGCUGCUGAGAUCCUUUAUACCGGUUUAAACACAGGAGACAGUCGAAUAAUCGGCGUGCAGGCUGGCACGAGCUCUCUGUGUGUGGGUUUCAUAUUAGCGUCACUUUUAAACUUUGAAAGAUUUCCCCCUCGCAGUUUGUUGUUGUUUUCCUCAGCCGUCAUGGCUCUUCUGAUGGAGCACCAGUUCCGGCAGCUCCCUGCUGACAAACAGGUGGAGACGCGACCCUUCCUCGAGGCGGUGUCUUACAUUCCGCCCUUCUUCGAUUGCCUGGGCCCCACCGUUUUCGCCCCCAUUAAAGCCGACAUCGCAGGAAACAUAACUAAAAUCAAGGCCGUGUACGACAGCAACCCGAGUCGAUAUCGGACGCUGCAGCAGAUCCUGGAGGCUGAGAAGGAGAUGUACACGGCCGAGUGGCCCAGAGUGGGAGCUACACUCUCUCUCAUGUGGCUCAAAAGGGGGCUGCGCUUCAUUCAGGUCCUGCUGCAGAGUUUAGUGGACGGUGAGAAAGACGAGAACAAUCCCAACUUGAUCCGCGUCAACGUCACCAAAGCCUACGAGAUCUCUCUGAGAAAAUACCACAGCUGGUUUGUGCAAAAACUCUUCAAAGCUGCGCUGUACGCUGCGCCGUACAAGUCGGAUUUCCUGAAGGCGCUGUCUAAAGGGCGUGAUGUUAAAGAGGAGGACUGCCUGGACAAAGUACGCCAGUUUCUGGUCAACUUCACCACCACCAUCGACGCCAUCUACGAGAUGUACACCAAGAUGAACGCCGAGCUGGAGUACAAAGCCUGAGCUGCGCUCCUGCCUCCUCAUUGGCUCUCGUCAGACUGAUCUGCAUUCUGAUUGGGGCACGUCUCUCUCAGGGUUUCUCUGAGUCCUCUCGUUUCUUGGUUAUUUCCUGUUCUGUACUGGACGUGUGGCUGGUCCGGCUGGAGAGUGCUGACUCUUAUUCUGGACACUGCUGUGUGAAUAUCAGUGAUGUGUUCAGUGUCUAUAGCAGUAACGAGUCAGGGCAAAUGGACACCUGGUAGAAUCUCAGUGAAGUUUCCUUAUAAAUGAUUUCUAUCCUAUUAACAGACAUGAAGUUAUAUUUAUAAUAAAGAGUUUAUUAUACUUCAGAACAGAGUCCUAGAGUUAAUCAACAUAAACAAUAUAUAAAUUAAAACCUGUGAGAUUAGAGGCAGGAUUAAGCAGAAGAUGGUCUGGUUACAUGACCCUCGCUUCACAUUAUGAGACCAACUCACAGGUUGAUUAUCCAUUAGUCAUGAUUUCAGCCCCAGGGGCAGUAAGACUGCAGCUCUCCUUUACUGUUUAAAGCACAGACAUAUGAGAAAAUAUUUGAGGCUAUUAUAGAUUAUUAUAGAGAGAAUAAAGCUUGGAAGGAAGGUGUAGAGAUUGUUGGUGCCUCUGCUGAGUGAUAGAAGAAUGUGUGUGUUCUGUUGUUAAAGCUGUGUUUAAAAUAGUAAUGAAGGAAAGCAGAAAGAAAGUGAUGAAAGACGAUAGAAUUUUGCAGAACUUUGACACGUUUUAAUGUUUUUCUUCCGCUUUCUGUAGUUUGGGUCUGUUUAAUGUGAUUUCAUUUCAAUUUGGUGUUAAGUUUUAACAGGAUUUAGGACUGUUUGGGGUGUGUGUGUGUGUGUGUGUGUGUGUGAGAGAGAGAGGAUAAUGUGACGUUUAUAUGAAUGAGUUAAUAACGAUGCACAAUAAAGG